GCUGUCGAAGCGGUUAUCGUUAAAGUGUUGUUCGUAUUUGCUGUUGGGCAAAGUUUAAUUAACUACGACGACCCACGCUCCUUCAUCGUUCAUCCAAGUGCCAUCGAUCCAAGUAGUUCUGCGUGCGUCAGUGAGAGAGUGCGAGUAGAGGAAAAGGGAGAAAAUUCAAGGGAUUUCCAGAUAAAAGCUCCCACGCACCGACAACAGGUGGCACACGGCCGAACCUCCGAGCAUCGAUUUUCCGCGAGGAACGUCGAGAACUCGUCCAGUCGCGAUGUCUUCUUCAACGGGGAUGGCGGCGGCAGUCGUCGCUCUAGCAGUUUUAUCAUUGAUGGGUCUCGUCGGACGGUCGCAGGGCCUCCUCAAACCCUUCGAAUUCCGUCACCACGACAACGAGGAGAUGAGGCUCGUGCUGGAGGACAUCGCCGGAGAGUGCUCGGACGUGUCGCGCGUCGCGACGCUCACCGAACCAUCAGUUUUGGGAACGCCGCUGUACUACAUCGAGUUCUCCAAGCAUCCGGGUCGACAUCAGAUCCUGAAUCCGGAAUUCAAGUACGUCGCGAACAUCCACGGAAACGAAGUGCUCGGACGCGAACUCCUUCUAAAACUCGCGCACUACCUGUGCGAACAGUACAGGGCAGGAAAUCCGGAAGUGGUCUUCCUCGUCCGGAACACCCGCAUCCAUCUGAUGCCUUCAGUGAAUCCCGAUGGAUGGCAACUAGCGACGGACACGGGCGGACAGCAUGAACUCAUCGGCAGGUACAACAACAAUUCCGUUGAUCUCAAUAGGAAUUUCCCGGAUUUGAAUAGCAUCGCCUACAGCAACGAGGAGUUCAGCAAGGAGGACAACAAUCAUCUCCUGAAGGAAGUCAACAGCCUUACGCAACCGCUGCAACCGGAAACGCGCUCCCUGAUCCGCAACAUCCUGCAGAUCCCCUACGUCCUCUCUGCGACUCUGCACGGUGGAGAUCUAGUCGCAAAUUAUCCCUACGAUCUGAGCCGUUCCGGUAAGGAAACCGGCGAGUACGCAUCUGCACCAGACGAUGAAACAUUCAGACAUUUGGCGAAGGCUUAUUCGCAGCACCACGCGGACAUGGCCGAUCCAAAUAUGAAGCCGUGCAACGAUGAGAACUUCGCGAAGAACGGUGGCAUCACGAACGGCGCCAAAUGGUACGCACUCGUUGGAGGAAUGCAGGAUUUCAAUUAUCUGGCGAGCAACGAUUUCGAAAUCACUUUGGAGUUGUCGUGCCAGAAGUAUCCACCAGCGUCUCGUCUGGAACCUGAAUGGGAGCGCAACAGGAACGCUCUGAUGAAUUACAUGUGGCAGAGUCACAUCGGUAUCAAAGGGAUCGUCUACGAUGCGAACACCAAGCAGGGAGUGCCCAAUGCAGUCGUCCACGUGACGAACAUGACCGAAGGAAUACCGCGCGAGAUCAAGCACGACAUUCUAUCAGCGCACGACGGCGAUUACUACCGUUUGUUAACACCUGGCACGUACAAGGUAACCGUCCAGGCGAAAGGAUUCCAGCCGCACACCAAACUGGUGAACGUCGUUCAGAGGGGCUACGGCACGGCGAAGAGGAUCGAUUUCCCUCUGCACGGCCAUAAUUUCCAGGAAAGACCGCUCGUCCACGCCAACCAGAUGCCGUUCAACGGUUGGAUAAACAGGCCGCAGCCAAUAGUGGUCCAGUAAAACCGUAGCGCGAAAACAAUAACCGUAACUAUAGUCUAAUCAUAUCAAGGGUUCAAAAAAGAGAGAGGAA